CUCUGUGAAUAUCGCAAUAAAGCUAGUUGAUAGGUCUAUGACUGUGCGUUAUUGCGUACCAUGGCGUCUACUGGGCAAGGGGUUUCGGUUUUGGCCCCAAAUGGUAGGCGGCAAAUUGUGAAAGUGACAGGUGGAACUCCAUUACAGCAGGUGCUGGAGGAAGUCUGCAGAAAACAGAAUUAUAACCCCAGGGAAUAUCGCUUAAAGUUUCAGAGAACACUGCUGGAUCUUUCACUGCAGUGGAGAUUUGCCAACCUUCCCAACAAUGCCAAACUGGAAAUGGUGAGCUGCACGCAGCAGCAAGCAUUGGCACUGAGCACAAAAGUGCGGGUAGCAUUACAGUUGGAGAAUGGGGAGAGAUUUCAAGGUGAGUUCCUGUGCAACGAGUCUCUCAUGGAUAUCCUCCUGCAGUUUCCGAAGGCCAGGGAGCAAUUGGAGCAUGUGGUUUCUGGAUACACUCCUGUGUGCAUUUAUAUGAGGGAUGAGGUGACCGGUGAAUUAGCCUUGAAGCAAACGACUCUCCAGUCACUGGGACUCACAAGAGGCAGCGCUAUCAUUAGGUUUGUAGUUCGGAAAUGUGACCAGAUUGUUAAUCAAGAAGGCUCAAAAGACCAUGGGGAUCCCAAAACAGAGACACACCCUGUGUCUUUUGCAAAUCAAGAAGCAAGCCAAGAGGUUGUCAUAUGUGAGAAGAAGAAAUUAUCUUGCAUGGGUCCUGCUAGCUCUGAGACCAUAGAUCAACCAGAAGCCCAGCUACGUGUGAAUCCUAAUGCUCCUAUUUUAGGUCCUUCAAACACUUUUAGUGAAUGGGAAGAAAAACAGGGUGCUGAGAGGAAUGUUCACCCUAGUGUUACUAAAUUCAUUCCAUUCCAAGGUGAUGGUCACUGCCUUGGAGGUGCCAGUUUGCAUGCAGGUCUGUCAGAAGAUGGUGUGCCAAAUUCUUCAGCUCAGAAGCUUAUCCACAGCCCAGGGCCCUCCAAGCCAAAGAAGUCUAAGACAGAAAGGGUAGAGACUACCCAGCCAAUAGACAGAGAACCCCUUGUGUGCCACAUGGAUCUGGGAAAGAAAACUGUCCAUGAGUCUCAGGAGUUGUCAGAGGAUUUUUUUGAAAUCACUGUGGAUGAUGUGAGGAGAAGAUUUGCAGAGCUCAGGAGUGAAAGGCAGCGUCUUCAGGAAGCUCCUUUAGUGUGCAAAGCCAUUCGAGACAGACAGAUGCAGGAAAAGCUGGAGAGAUAUUCAAAAGUGGUUCUGAGGGUUCUUUUCCCAGAUCGCUAUAUCCUGCAGGGAUAUUUUCAUCCAACAGAGACUGUUGGUGCAGUGAAAGAAUUUGUGCGCAGCCAUCUGGAGGAUUCAAAUAUGCAAUUUUAUCUGUUUAUCACGCCACCAAGGACUGAGCUAAAGGACGAUUUCCAAACUCUCUUUCAGGUUUACCUCUUCCCUGCUGCCCUUAUUCACUUUGGAUCACAGAUAAAGAGAGAUCAUUUCUUGUCAGGGCAGCUACUGAAAGCCGCUAUGUCUCCUUCACAAGCUGAUAUUGUAGUUGCCAGAGCAAUGCCACAUGUACCAUCUGCUUCUGGAUCAACUGCCCAGGAAGAUUUUGCAGGCCUUCCAGUAGGUGAAAAUCUCAAAACAGAAAAUACAAUAGAAAGGAAAAAAGGAUCUAAUGUUGAAGCCCAACAGUCUGACCAGAGAGACCUUGGCAAAGUUCCCAAGUGGUUGAAGCUACCAGGGAAGAAGUAAGUGGAGUUUUCUUUCGGAUCGGUACUGUGGCUUAUUGGUUGCUAACAUCUGUAUGCCAAAAUAUAUAGCUGAUGUUCUCUGAGAUGCUAGAUUGAUGACAAGACCGUUCAAGAUCUUCUGACUGCUAUUUAAUGAAAAUAUGUUUUACAUCUGGAUUCAGUUGUGCUGAAAAGUGGAAGACCUUUAGCUUGUUUAUGGAUAAAAACAUUUGAAAUGACUGCAGAUCUCAUUGAUUUUACCAUGGCUUUCUAACCUUAACAGUCCUGCAAGUGUAUCCUAGUAAUAAAGAUAAUAUCAUCAAGGCUGAAAUCUAAUUUAAA